AGAUCAUGUCAAUAUCAAAAAUGACACCCCGCGAACACAUGAUCAUUAUACUCUUUUGUGCAACCAUAGGAUUGAUUGUUGUUCCUCAGCUAAUCCAACAACAGCAGCUAUUAGAGUUUUGGAAGUUGCGCCAAAUCGGCUCCUUUCCCUUUCAUCCCUCCCAAAUCGAAAGUAAUCCUGAAUUCUCGCAUAAGCCUGAAACAAAGCAUGUGCUGUGCAGUAAAGUGCUCAGUGGAGACAAGGCUUAUAUCAAGAAUAUUACUCGCGAUCGUCCUGUUCUGCGUUAUCACAAGCUGGACAUGUCUUGCAGUCACAUUAAAGCUCGUGUACUUCCUCCAAAAGGCUUGAAGAAGUUGGAUUUUGGUGUAGCUUAUGCUCGCAUUGUUCACGAGAGCUACCAGUUCAUAGAGGAUGAAGUCAGAUCCAGCUAUCACCCGCAAAACAUCUUCUGCUUUUCGGUAGACGCAAAGUCCAGUCGUAAAUUCUAUGCCCGUAUUGAAGCGCUUUCGAAGUGCCUGCCGAAUGUGCUAUUAUCUCCAACGCGCUAUAGCAUAAGUAGACACGGACACAAUAUGAACCAAGCACAUUACGACUGUCUGAAACUUUUGUCCAAUUUCGAGGGCUGGCGUUACGUCCUGUUGCUUCAGAAUUACGACAUGAUGAUUAAAACCGUAUAUGAAACGGUAUCAAUCUUAAAAGAGCUUGGUGGAGCCAACGAUGUUUGUGCAAGGCCAUGUGAAAGCAAUAGAUGGAACUACUCAGCAAAUUGGGAUGCCCGUUCGUUGAAACUCUUUCGUAAUGAAUCACAAGCCACGCCAAAACAACUGGCAGGUAAAGUAACUAUGGUUCGCGGAAUUGUGCAGUCUGCAUUAUCCCGAGAUGCUGUCGAAUGGGCUGUAAAAACUGUUGAUUUGACCACGCUUAUCAACCAGCUGAACCUACAUGUGCGUGGAGCAGACGAGACGCUUUGGGCCGCUUUGCAAAUGAGCGACGAUCUCGAAAUGCCAGGAAGAUUCACCGAAAAAUGCAUUAGCGAAAAAACUUAUGUUCCCUGUAUAUCGAGGGUUUCAUUCUGGUCUUGGCAAAAAAGAUUCUGCCGUUGCUCAAAAUACAGACACCACACGUGCGUAUUUGGUAUUGAACACCUUCAAUUGUUGUCUAAGCAUAGAAGCCUCGUAGCUAAUAAGCCACAUCCGGGUUUCGACUAUGCAAUCGUUGAUUGCUUGCACGAGUUGUUGUUCAACAAGACGCUCCAAAGCUAUGAUAGUUUGGAUUUGAAACCAUAUAGUAACUUUGAACAUGUUCGCUACCACAGAAAUUUCAUUUCUCCAGAUCCAGACUAUCAGCUUCGCUGUGCAACACUAGAAAACGAAGACUACUUUCUUGAUACAAACUGACGAUUUACAUGCUAG